AUGGCCGUUGGAAGAUUCGCCUCGACGCUCCUAGCACUUGCUGCUUGUGCUAAUGCUAAAUGGAUUGUUCCUGGCGCACGAUGCAUGAUACCGAUGGCAACAUUUUCAAUGCUCAUGCCGGAGGACUUUGCGCUGAUCGGGAGACUGGCAAGUUCUACUGGUUCGGGGAGUACAAAGUCGAGGGUCAAGUUGAAGGUGGUGGGGUCUCUGUCUAUAGCUCUGACGACCUUGCAACUUGGGAGUCGCACGGGCUCGCUCUCGGUGAAGCCCAUUGAGAACCAUACCUAUAUCUCGCCGCAUAAUCGCAUCCAGCGCCCGAAGGUGAUAUACAGCGAAGAAACCGGUCAAUAUCAUAUGUGGUGGCACGCCGAUGAUGACAAGUACUCUUGGCUCCUCCAAGGUCUUGCAACAGCCGACAAUAUUGCCGGCCCCUAUACCUUUGUGGAUGCUACCUCUCCCUUGGCCGUUGAGGAGGUUACUUACCGAUUUCCCAAGUAUGACUUCGAGGCACCUACUAUCCUGCAAACAGAAAAUAGUUACUAUGCGCUUAUGAGCCAUAAGACUGGAUAUCGGCCUAAUAAUGUGGUGGCAUUCCGCGCUGAUAAACUCGAGGGCCCCUGGUCCCAGCCAUUUUUCGUUUCCCCGGCAUAUACACGUACAUUCAGUACGCAGUCUGGGUUCUCUUGGAGGAUUCAGGGGACUAAAAAGACCACGCACUUGUAUAUGGCCGACCAGUGGGACAUGAACUCGCUCUGGGAGAGUCGCAACGUAUGGCUUCCUAUUGAGAUCGAUGAUCGUGAAGGUAGCUUGAAGGUCGUCUGGCACGAUGUUUACGACAUGAACGUUAAAACGGGUGAAUGGAAGCCCAUCGAGGGAGAGACAUAUAUCUCCAAACACGCAAAGACCGCGGGAGAUGCCUACCUACAAGAGGCGAUAUUCGCUAGCGGAAACCGAAUCGCUACCGGCAUUUACGGUAAUGACAGCACAAUCACCUUCACUGUGCGAGGCCAAGGCCAAGACCAAUGGGUAUCGUUCUACCACCAAAGUAAGUUGCUCCCUCCUCUCUUCCCCAAACUAACUCCACACUCACUAACCAACUCCUCAAACAUUGACGACAUGGGCUUCGGUGAUCAGCCCAUGGGCCAACCCGAUCGCAUAAACAGCACCUGGCAACUCCGGCGGAUCAGCAGCGUGGUAGUGAAUGGUGACACAGAGAACGUACACACGUUAUACCAGAAGGAUACUCAUAAGGGUAUUAUUCUCUCCACGCCGCUUUUAUUGUCAUUGAAUAAAGGGGAGAAUACAAUUACGGUUGGCGGGUUGUGGAAUGGGUUUGAUUUCAAGGGGGCAGAUUUGGAUCGGGCUGUGGUCUAUCCCCCAGAAGGGGCGAAGAAGCGGUGGUUCUGGUAA